UAUUAAAAGCCGCUGCUCGACCCAUGCUGUUCCCCAAUAUUCCAUGGUGUCUCUCUUGACAUUCCAGAGUUGAGUUGGCAAGCUCAUGAUGAACAAGCCCAAUUCACUGUCUCUCCCUCUGGCUAACGGCUGCAUCGCGGGUCCGGACAGCCACUGGGUCGUGCAGAAAUUCGGCGGUACAAGCGUGGGAAAGUUUGCCAUCAAUAUAGUUGAGCAGGUCGUACUACCUAGCCUUCAGCAACACAACGUGGCUCUGGUAUGUUCAGCCAGAAGCAAUUCUACAAAAGCCGAAGGUACCACAAACCGUUUGCUGCGAGCAGCACGCGAUGCCGAAAACGCUCAGUCAAAACGAUAUGCCUCCCUUGUUGAGGCGGUUCGGCUGGAACAUAUCCAGGUUGCUCACGAACAGUUGCAAUCUGCUGAGUUGAAAUCACAAUUGGUCAUGAAGAUGAAUGGGGAAUGUGCACGAGUUAUCAAGAUCUUGGAGGCGGCCCAGACGCUUGGAGAGAUCAGUUCCCGUUGUGUGGACAAAGUCAUCGGUACAGGGGAGAAACUAAGCUGCUUGCUUAUGGCCACUCUCCUUCAAGAUCGAGGGGUAGACUCUCAAUACAUCGAUCUAGCCGACGUUAUCGAUUUUCCAGUUGGGAGCCAGGGCCUUGAUCAACAGUUUUAUAAUGACCUUGCUGCCGCUUUUGGUAGGAAGAUUCGGGAUUGUUCCGGGAAGGUACCGGUCGUGACUGGGUAUUUUGGUACGGUUCCUGGCGGUCUUCUCGACCAAAUAGGUCGCGGCUAUACAGAUCUCUGUGCUGCUCUCGUUGCGGUCGGCAUUCAUGCGAAGGAGUUGCAGGUAUGGAAAGAAGUGGACGGGAUUUUCACUGCGGACCCCCGGAAGGUGCCCACGGCACGCCUUUUACCAGCGAUUACGCCAGCCGAAGCUGCUGAAUUGACGUUCUACGGCUCCGAAGUCAUACAUCCAUUUACUAUGGAACAAGUCAUCCGAGCGAAGAUCCCGAUUCGUAUCAAGAAUGUCAUGAACCCGAAAGGAAAUGGCACCGUGAUCUUUCCCGAUUCCUAUUCAGAACUUGAAAGGACGACCCCAGGGCAUGACCCAAGCUUGUUCCGUACACGCGGUCCAUGUCCUGUGCCACAGCUACAGACACCGCGGCGGCCGACUGCAGUGACCAUCAAACACCAGAUCCUGGUGAUCAACGUGCAUUCCAACAAGCGGUCCUUAUCACAUGGCUUUUUCGCCGGCAUAUUUUCGGUUCUGGACCGCUGGCGUCUCUCAAUCGAUCUUAUUUCCACAAGUGAAGUUCACGUAUCCAUGGCCCUCCAUUCGGAGAUGCCUCUCUUGAAUGGCGUUGGAAGAGAUGAAUACCAAAUUAUCGAUGCAGAUCUAAAGGGAGCGCUACAAGACUUGCAGAAAUAUGGGACUGUCGACAUCAUACCGGGGAUGGCAAUUCUCAGCCUUGUCGGAAAACAGAUGAAGAACAUGGUUGGUGUUGCUGGGAAGAUGUUCACGACUUUGGGUGAGAACAACGUCAAUAUAGAGAUGAUUUCGCAAGGUGCCAGCGAGAUCAACAUUUCCUGUGUUAUUGAAGAAAGAGACGCAGACCGUGCUCUAAACAUCAUCCAUACAAGCAUGUUUACUUUCUUGGAUUAAUGAUACGACUGGAAUGUCUUUCAUAGCAAUGCCUGCCAUCCUCCUUCCCCCAUCUUCCUCCCUUAUCACAUUCUAUCUGUACCUUUUGGUCCUUUUCUGUAAUAGACUUUCUCUUAAUUUUCCUUGCCAGAUUUGUUUUGUGGGUCUCAUGGAAUAUUUCUUAUGGCAGUCAAAGGUCGCUCGCGAACGAAAAGAGGCAAGAAAAGAAUACUCUGUAAAGUGAUAGAAUAUUUGUGUCCAAGGUUUUAUAUUACACAGGCAAUUGUACAUAUUUUAUACUCCCAUUGGUUCAAGUUAAUAGACUUUUUCGUUGAAGUUGAAGAAGAAAACGGAAUCAUGAGCCAAAGCAGAAGACAAUUUGCAUAUAACUGUACAGAGCC